AUGGGUCGUCUCAAGACCGCUGGGAUUGCCACUUUCCUGGCCAUUGGAGGCUUUCUCUUUGGUUAUGAUAGCGGCAUUAUCUCCUCGAGCAUAGCCCAGCCACACUUCAUCGAGUACAUGAAUGAUCCUGAUUCGGCUGCCAGAGGUGGAAUUGUUUCAUCCUUCACAGGAGGAGCCAUUCUCGGCGCCCUUUCAGUUUCCUUCCUUGCUGAUAAGUAUGGACGCAAGAUGACCGUCUUCAUCGGCGCGAUCAUAUCUAUUAUCGGAAGCGCGCUUCAGGGGGGCGCUGCCAACGUGGGCAUGGUGACUGCUGGACGACUCAUUGCUGGGUUCUCCGUUGGGCUGCUUUCCGCUGUUGUCCCCAUGUUCUGUUCAGAGAUUGCGACAGCAGAAGACAGGGGAAAACUCUCCGGUCUCCUGCAGUUUAUGCUUUCCUGGGGGUUCUUCGUGGCCCAAUGGCUGGGGUAUGGAUGCUUCCAGGUUGACAGUCAUUUUCAGUGGCGCUUCCCUCUAGCAUUCCAGACUGUACCCGGAAUCGUCAUGGGCUGUGGUAUUUGGUUCAUGUACGAAUCUCCUCGGUGGCUUGUCGAAAAGGAACGCUUUGAGGAAGCAAAGGCGGUCUUGAACAAGCUACAUGGAACCGGCUCGAACCAUGAAUUUCUCGAGCUGGAGUUUCGUGAGAUUGUUGACACUAUCACCGCUGAGAAGCAAUUUGCUGUAUGGGGCUGGAAGGACAUGGUUUCUCGGCCUGCUUGGCGCAAGCGUUUGAUGCUCGGUAUGGGAAUCCAGGCAUUUGGCCAGCUUUCCGGCAUUAAUGUCAUAAACUACUACGGACCACAAAUCUAUGAGAUCCUCGGAAUAGAUACAGGUACAUCCUUGCAAAUCAUAGGCAUAUCGGGCAGCUUUUCGAUCGUCUAUUGUGUCAUCGGCCUUUGGCUUCUAGACAAGGUUGGGCGUAUGAAGCCUCUUAUCGUCUGUUCCUUUGGCAUGGCUGCAGCUCUCUUGGUCAAUUCGGUCUUGUCCAAAUACUUUGUCCUGGCAGACAACCCCUCUCCGAACGAUAAUGCCCUCCGAGCAAUGGUCGCCAUGAACUUUGUCUUCAGCCUCUUUUUCACAAUGAUCGGCAUCAUCUCCUGGGUAUAUCCCGCAGAGAUCUUCCCCGCCGAAAUCCGCGCCCGCGGCAACUCCCUCUCAACCAUGACAAACUGGAGUCUCAACCUCGUCUUUGCGCAAUGCGCCCCCAUAGCCCUCGAAGACCUCGGCUUCGGCUUCUUCUACUUCUUCUUUGCCUGGAAUUUGAUUGCUGCUGUUUGCUACAUGAUCUUCUUCCCAGAGACACAGGGCCAGACGCUUGAGCAGAUGGAUAGACUGUUUGGGGAUCAGCUCGCGGUGACGGCUGGGAAGGAGGAUGUUGAGCGGGCGGAGGCGGUUGAGACGGUCGUAGUUGGGGAGAGGAAGGAGGUUUGA